ACUCGCUGUCACGACAGGAAGAGACUCCGGCCGGCCGUGCUCCCGCCCCACCCCCUUCCCUGGCUCGUCGCUGCGCCCGAGACCCCUCCCCAGCGUCCCAGGCGCGGGGCCACUCGCCCAGAUUCCCAGUAAACUUUCCCACCCUGGGCUCGAGAUCCUGGACUCCGGGGCUUCCCGGCCUGGUUCCUCCACGAGCCUCUCCCUGGACUAGAAGCGAGCAGUCCCCCUCCCCACGGCCCUCCCUCGGUUUCCAGCCUCUUUGGGGAGGGGCUCUCCGCGCGCCGGGGGAGUUCCCGAGGGUGACCAGCGCCUCGCUCGCCUUCCUAUCUCGCCUGUACCUGGAUAUCAUUUCCAAACGAAGCUGUCCGCAGGAUGACCACGCUGGCCGGAGCUGUGCCCAGGAUGAUGCGGCCGGGCCCGGGGCAGAACUAUCCGCGCAGCGGGUUCCCGCUGGAAGUGUCCACCCCCCUCGGCCAGGGCAGAGUCAACCAGCUGGGCGGUGUGUUUAUCAAUGGCAGGCCGCUGCCCAACCAUAUCCGCCACAAGAUCGUGGAGAUGGCCCACCACGGGAUCCGGCCCUGCGUCAUCUCCCGCCAAUUGCGUGUGUCCCACGGCUGCGUCUCUAAGAUCCUGUGCAGGUACCAGGAGACGGGCUCCAUCCGGCCGGGUGCCAUUGGCGGCAGCAAGCCCAAGCAGGUGACGACGCCUGACGUGGAGAAGAAAAUUGAGGAAUACAAGCGAGAGAACCCGGGCAUGUUCAGCUGGGAAAUCCGAGACAAAUUACUCAAGGACGCGGUCUGUGACCGAAACACCGUGCCCUCAGUGAGUUCCAUCAGCCGCAUCUUGAGGAGUAAAUUCGGAAAAGGGGAGGAGGAGGAGGUCGACCUGGAGCGGAAAGAGGCAGAGGAGAGCGAGAAGAAGGCGAAACACAGCAUCGACGGCAUCCUGAGCGAGCGAGCCUCAGCACCCCAGUCGGAUGAAGGCUCAGACAUUGACUCUGAACCCGAUUUGCCACUAAAGAGGAAACAGCGCAGGAGCCGAACCACCUUCACAGCAGAACAGCUGGAAGAAUUGGAGCGUGCCUUUGAGAGAACCCACUACCCUGAUAUUUACACCCGGGAGGAGCUGGCACAGAGGGCAAAGCUCACCGAGGCCCGAGUGCAGGUCUGGUUUAGCAACCGCCGUGCAAGAUGGAGGAAGCAAGCUGGGGCCAAUCAACUGAUGGCUUUCAACCAUCUCAUUCCGGGGGGAUUCCCUCCCACCGCCAUGCCCACCUUGCCAACAUACCAGCUGUCGGAGACCUCGUACCAGCCCACUGCUAUUCCACAAGCCGUGUCAGACCCCAGCAGCACCGUGCACAGACCUCAGCCGCUCCCCCCGAGCACCGUACACCAAAGCACUCUUCCUUCGAACCCGGACAGCAGCUCUGCCUACUGUCUCCCCAGCACCAGGCAUGGAUUUUCCAGCUACACAGACAGCUUUGUGCCUCCGUCCGGACCCUCCAACCCCAUGAACCCCGCCAUUGGCAAUGGCCUUUCACCUCAGGUAAUGGGACUCCUGACCAACCACGGCGGGGUACCCCAUCAGCCCCAGACCGAUUAUGCUCUCUCUCCUCUCACUGGGGGCCUGGAACCUACCACCACGGUGUCGGCCAGCUGCAGUCAGAGACUAGACCAUAUGAAGAGCUUGGACAGUCUGCCAACAUCUCAGUCCUAUUGUCCACCCACCUACAGCACCACGGGCUACAGUAUGGACCCUGUCACAGGCUACCAAUAUGGGCAAUAUGGACAAAGUGCCUUUCAUUAUCUCAAGCCAGAUAUCGCAUAAGUGGACUGUCCACUUGGAGUAAAACUGGCCCUGUUUCCAGUCUCCACAGCCGAGACAUGAAGAAUCUCAGAAAAAAAAAUCACCCUCUCGGGGGGGCAGUCUUGACAGGAGACAGAGGAGAAUGAUUGAUUUUCUUUCUCCAGUAGUUGGUUUCAAAUUCUUUUGAACAUGCUGGACAAAAGCCGUGGAGAAAAGGAAGACGCAGAUCAGUAAAGACAAAUGCAACAUUUUAAGGCAAUGAUUUAACAUGGCUACAUAUCAAAUAUCCCAACAUUUAGUGCUGAUCAUCAAGGAGCUAAAACAUUCCAUUUGUGUGUGCGUGCACAUGUAUGUAUGUGUGUGUGCACAUCGGUGUGUGUGUGUGUGUGAGAGAGAGAGAGAGAGAGAGAGAUCUAUCUGAAUUGGUUCAGGCAAGCAGAAUGUUCUAAAAUAUAGUCAGAAAAUUCUCUAAAGUAUAACCUUGAUAUCCAAUGCUGACACUUCUACAACUUUUAAGCUGCUCACUUAAUGAAGCAGGCAUGGAGGAAUCCUUGACUUUUACACACUGGAAAUUGAUAUACAAAUAAAUGCCACCGUUUUUAGGAAGAUAGACUAGCUAUAAAGGACCUCCCAAAUAAAUUAUUUGUUCUCUUAUCCUCACUUGUACUUCAGUUGUUACUAAAUGUCCCAGAAGGACACAUCUUGCUAAUAGGACCUGGGAUAAGGGGAGGAAAAGCCGGUUUUCCUUCCCAGCAUGGGAGAGGUGUGUGUGGUUUUCGCAAUUCAGUUUCACGUGGAAGCCUACCUGGGCGGGGAGGGGGCGGAGAAUUGAGUGCAUUCCCACAGCUGCUUAUCAGUGUGCAAUACUGUGUACCUCACGGACGCCUUGGCAAUGCCAGGGUCAUAGAUACAGAAUCAGAACUAUAUUUUUGCAGGUGCUUUAUUUUCGCAGCCCGUGAUUCCCUGUGGUCAAAUGCAGAGAUAUUCGCCACUUGCUGGACAACCGACACCCGGCUCGCUCCUUUUGACUAGAGACCAUAUUGGAGAAUAAUGCUUUUAAAAUGACUACGUUUACAUUCUUCUCUUUUCUAGGAAAGGCAGGGCAAGAGCAGAAAUGUCCACGUGGCUCUCCUGUACUUUUAAAUUAUACAACAAUAUCCAAUAUGAAAAGAUUCUAGAAACUGAGGUUUACAUAUGUUAUUGUGGUGACAUUGUAGAAUGUCAAUAAAUUUGUUUUUGGAGAUGUUAAAACAAACAGGCAGGGGGAAGGCAGUGUUAUUUAUUUCUUUCUAUGCUUGGAAUCACGAACGAGGUAGGCACAAAUACAUUCCCUUUAGCGUUAAGAACUAUGACAUAGUGAGUUAGUGAGACUAGACAUAGUCCCGAGUUUAGUUCAUACAUUGGUCUUAGUGGGUGAUGGAUGAAGAGAAGAUCUAUCUUUGUGUUGCAGCCUCAACCAACAACAAUGUGUUGUAAAAAUGUCUUUCAUGUAAAAAGUGCAGUAAAUAUUUACUAUUUAUAAUGAAUAAACAGUUAUGAAAACUUG